AUGGCUGGAAGGAGGAAUUGCUUGGUUGAGUUUGCUGUUGGCUGGCGUUGCCCUGGAUAUUUGGAAGAUCUCUAAAUGUGAAUCGGUUCAUUGGCGUUGGGACACAAGGACGCAGGAGACGAACAACUGAAGACAACAAGAAUUGGAUAGGACAGGACUUACUUAUUGUCAGUGUGGUUUUUUUAAAACAUUUAUUUUUACUAGAGAUCUCCAACGAGGGAAUCUAGGUGAUCAACAGGACACGGGGAAGAGGAAAGGGGACCUUAUUGGACUGCCAUUUAAUUUAGGAGCAUAGGAGUUCUAUUUGACUACAAGACUAGGCACUACUUAAUUUGUUUGGGGGAACUUAAAAUGCUAUUCAAUAUGAAGAAGUGGCGGCACUACCGAUCUACAUAAACGCCGCUGCUCUCACAACAAUAGGCAGCAAGCUAACAACCAAUGUAGCAAGCUAGCUAUCUUUGCACUACGUCAUCGUCGUCUCCCCACCGCCAAAGAAUUGGUGCCUACUGCCUACCAAUCUUAAUUGCACGAAAACCGUGGUGGUGUUAUUGAAGGGGUUGCUUGCCAAGACGGACCGUGACAUUUGGUGUGUGCAGUCGACCGGUAAAAAUGGAACAGUGCGCGUUGAAUUAAAACACCAGGUACACAGGAAUCCUCUGGCUUUCUAAACCGUGUUCGGUUGGUGAGAGGUAGGACGAGGCAAGCUAUUAACUUUACAUCUGAAUUAGCCAACAAUGUGAAUUAGCUAAUGCUAGAUUUAUUCCUCCUGUUCUUGUCCACUGCUGUAUGGACCGGGCAUGUCCUUUUAAAGAUUCUACCACAGGAUUGUUUCUCGCCUUGAUGCCUUCUGAACAGUAACCUAAAACAGAAACAUUGUAUUUUCUGCCACAACGAGAAGUGUUGCAAUUAUGUCCUCCGAAUUCCAAUCGCAAGACUUGACACGCGCCUGAAUCUGCACGUUUCCCAGCGCGGAACUAGUGCUGAACAACAUAACACCGGACUGAACACCUACCCCAGCUUCCCAGCUGGUCCAUUUUUUCGGAGUCGGUGUCUUUUUCGGCAAAAUCAUUAUGGCAGCCGUCGUCAACUAUUCCCCUCCUUGGUGGGUCAAUUUGCUGCAUAGAAUCCCUCACUUCAACCUACAGUUUGAGCCAAUAAGCAGUGAUUUUCGACCCGAAGAUUCUUCAUACCAACAGGCUCUCCUGCUGGUGGGCGGUGUGGCGCUGGCCUGCCUGGCCCUGGACCUCGUCUUCCUGCUCAUCUACUCCUGCUGGCUGUGCUGCCGCCGCAAGAAGAGUGACGAGGUCUCCAACGCAGACUGCUGCUGCACCGCCUGGUGUGUCAUCAUCGCCACCCUCGUCUGCAGUGCUGGGAUAGCAGUUGGUUUCUACGGUAACGGUGAGACGUGCGACGGGGUGAAUAGGCUGACGUACUCUCUGCGCCAUGCCAACCGCACUGUGGCCGGAGUGCAGAAACUGGUGGUGGACAGCACAGGCUCGCUGAACCAGACGGUGGAGGUGAACCUGCGCGCGCUGGAGGAGCGCUACAGCAAGCACACAGACUACGUGGCCAUCGUGCAGAAGCUGCAGGGCCAGCUGGCCGAGCUGCUGAGGCAGAUGGGGGACGUGCCCUUCUGGACCAACCCACGCCUCUCCCUGGACACGCUGGCCACCACCAUCGAGCUCUACGACUGGUACAGGUGGCUGGGCUACCUGGGCCUUCUGCUGUUUGAUGUGCUCAUCUGCCUCCUGGUCCUCUUUGGACUCAUACGCAACUCCAAGAACACCCUGAUUGGUGCCUGUUUGUUUGGCGUGUUGGCGCUGGUUAUCAGCUGGGCAACCCUGGGAGUGGAGUUGGCCGUUUCCGCGGGGUCCAGUGACUUCUGUUUCUCCCCCGAUGCGUUCAUCGUCAAUGUCACCGCUCAGUAUGGCGUCAUGCACAAAGAUAUCCUCCAGCACUACCUGAGCUGCAGCCCGGGCCAGAUCAACCCCUUCCAGCAGAAGCUGUCCGGUAGCCACAAGGCCCUGGUGGAGAUGCAGGACGACGUGUCCGAGUUGCUGCGCUCUGCCAUCCGCGAGUACCCACAGACCAAGGGCCAACUGGAGGAUGUGCAGGGAGUGCUGAACACCACUGAGGUCGGCCUGCACCAACUCACUGCUCUGGUGGACUGCCGCAGCCUGCACAUGGACAUUGUUCAGGCCGUGACGGGCGUGUGCUACGACGGCCUGGAGGGCGUCAUCUACCUGGUGCUCUUCUCCUUCGUCACCGCUCUCAUGUUCAGCUCCAUCGUCUGCAGCGUACCACACACCUGGCACAGCAAGACGUCAGAGGAGGACAGUGAGGAGGAGUCUCUGGCCAUUAGUGGUCGUCCUAACCAUGACAGCCUGUACCGCGUGCACAUGCCCAGCCUCUACAGCUGCGGCAGCUCCUACGGCAGUGAGAGCAGCAUACCUGCAGCCGCACACACCGUCAGCAACGCCCCCGUCACAGAGUACAUGACUCAGAAUGCCAACUUCCAGAACCCGCGCUGCGAGAACACUCCCCUCAUUGGCCGAGAAUCGCCGCCCCCCUCUUACACCUCCAGCAUGAGAGCCAAGUACCUGGCCAACGCCCGCCAAGACUCCCGGCCAGACGACCCCCAGCGACCGAGCGACCGACCCGACCGACACUCGGUGGCAGCGCACUAACCCACAUCACACCACCGUACUAAACCAUGCAUCUCCACACCGCACCGGACCGACCGAGCUACCGACCCGACCGACACUCGGUAGCAGCGCACUAACCCACUUCACACCACCGUACUGAACCACGCAUCUCUACACCGCACCGGACCGGACUGGCAUCACACCUGCAGAACUGAAACCCCCUCAGCCCCUGAAACCCUGGACACACCAAACAACAACAACAUCAACAACAACAACAACAACAAAGUGGAACAAGACUGAUACUGAAGCCCUCCUCUGUCAUCCAUCAGAGCUCCCUUGGCUCCAUCUUAUGACCGGUGACACGACAGAUGGCCUCCCUGUCUCCCUCUCAACAAGUCUAUAUCUUUUUCUUGCUCUAUCGCUCUCUGUCUGCAUCCGAGUCUUUUCCCUCUCUCUCUCUCUCUCUCUCUCUCUCUCUCUUCCUGUCUGUCCCACUGCCUCUGAGUCUGGUCAUGCUCAGUUCCCACAGUCUCAGUCACAUUUCUCCUCCUCCUCUUCCUCCUCCUCCUCCUCUUCUUCCUCCUCACUCCCACCCCUUCCUCAGCUCAGGGAGCUCUGCUGUUUCCACAAACUCAGCCACUCUACUGCCCAACUGGCUGGUGACUCACACACACUCUGAUACCCAGCCCCAGACUAGACAAGGAGGAGGAGGAGGCAGAGGGUUGGGGGUAGUGGUGCUGGUGGUGAGGAUGGAGGAGGAGAGACUGUGUUUCGGCUGAGUGUGUUGCGUCUAUGAAGUGCGCCUUGUGAAUCACAUAUGUAAAAGUUGGCAAAAGGACGCGUUCUCGCAGGAUGUAAAUACCACUGCAGUUGCCAUAGCGCCCCAGAAACGGGGCACGUCGUUAUGAUGUUUCCAGAUGGCCAGUGUCUACCGCAGGAAGCGAAAUGAGCCAGCCAACUAGCUGCCAUGGGUAAAAAUAGAAUUGCAAUCUGCUCUGUGUCUGUGCACGUGCGUGUGUGUCUUUUUGUGUGUGUGUGUGUGUGUGUGUGUGUGUGUGUGUGUGUGUGUGUGUGUGUGUGUGUGUGUGUGUGUGUGUGUGUGUGUGUGUGUGUGUGUGUGUGUGUGUGUGUGUGUGUGUGUGUGUGUCUUUGUGCGUGUGUGUGUGGUUGAUUGGGUGCCAGUGCGCAUCCCUCUCUUCUCCAAAACUCUGAAGUGGAACACGGCUCCUAAAGCAUGCACCUGCUGUCCCCCCUUUUACUCCUCUCAGAAGAGUCCCACGAGAAGGAGACGCACCGGAGAGGAAAUGACAUCUUCAUUAGCUCCCCGUCUCCCCACACGUUAACCACGACCACCUCCACUUACCUCCAACUGUCACACACACACACACACACACAACUCCACCAUCACCGCAGCCACCUCCCCCAUCGUCAAACUCUGAAGUGACAGUGACAGUGACGCUACUCAUCUAUUGCCGUCUCCUGAAUCGCCACAUCUGCUCCCCUCUGUCACUCGCACGCGCACACACACACAUACACACACACACACACACACACACACACACACAGAGAGAGAGGUAGUUACUCCGAAAGCUAUUGUGAUGUGUGUGAAGCCAGGUGAUGGCAGAUUUUAAAAGAAACAAACCAACAAAACAAACGGUAUGAAAACUGAACCAAAAAAACACUGAAGGCAGAGAGCAGCUACAACAGCAGUCACUCUUUUACGGUAGGGACACAUACACACGAAUUUGCGAACUUUGCCAUUCAUUCCUAUGACGGAGGCGAAGGCAAGCAAUGGCAAGCGAAAGCAAGCGAACAGGAGCGAAGCGAAAUUAUUAAAGAAAGUUUAAUGUUAUGCAAAUGAGGAGCGAAUUCGCCUGCCGUGGCCCAAUCAAAUCAACAACAUCACUGUUCCAUUCCAUUUGAUUCGCCGCGACGACCUGAUGACGGUUGGAUUUCGCUUCGCUCGCUUCGCCUCCUAUGUGUCCCUACCGUUAGACAGCAGAUGAUGGCUGAUGCCUUUGGGAACCUACGGAGACGUACUGCACAUUUUAGGGUGUUUUUUUUUAUUAUUCUUUCAUAUUCUUCAUUUUAAUGAUUCCAUCUUCGGCGUGAAGUGUGACUUCUUUUGUGUUUUAUCUCCGUUUUCCAGUACAGUAUGGUUUUGGGGACCGGUCGUUUUUGUCUUUUAAGAGAUCAGCUCUGAAUCCCUCUCUCUUUUGAAAACAUCCAGAAAUAGCUCUUUUAUAGUCCUGUUUUGAAGGAUUACUGCCAUUGCUGUGAAAAUGACUAUUAUUUUGCUGGGAGAGUGGGAAAAAGAGGAGGAGAGAGAGAGUGAGAGAGGAGACGGACAAAGCCAGACGGAGCCACAAGGGAGAGAGGGAGGGGGCAAGAAAGAGAGGGAGAAGGAUUGAGAGAGAGAUACAGUUGGACUCCUCUCCUCUCCUGACCGCUGCUUGAGGUGUGGGAGCGGGUUGGGAAAAGAGCCUGUUUGUAUACAGUUGUGGAAAGCCCCAGUAAGCCUGAACUUCCCUUGUUCCCACACACACAUGCACGCAAAGCAGACUUACAAUCUCAAACUCACACAACACACAUGGGUGCUCUCUCACACACACACACACACACACACAUGCUAUGGACACACAUACACUCUGCGCAUAAACACUUAUAAGUGGCAGAUAUCAAGUCCCAGACCCCAGAUUUGGUGCUGUGUGAUGAGGUCAUGGGGACUGUGUUCUGUUGUGGAGCUUGACAAGACUGCUCUCCUGUCUUCUCACUUCUAGUGUGUGAAGCACGAAGCCCUUAAAGGGGUAUGCCACUAUUUUGGGGCUUAAUACAGUUAAAAUCGUUGGCCAGGGUUUAUAAAGGUGGUAAAAUGUCUUAUUUUUCAUGUAAGCCGUUGUCUUGCUUUAAGACAAGUUAAAAGAGGGAGCAUGUCGCUAAGCUUGUGAAAGUCAAUGGAUCCAUGUAGCAUGCUACAUGCUACACGGAUCCAUUGACUUUCACUAGCUUAGCGACAUACGCUUAACAUGAAAUAUAAGACACUUACCACUUUAUAAACCCUGGCCAACGAUUUUAACUGUAUUAAGCCCCAAAAUAGUGGCAUACCCCUUUAAACCCCCUGUGAACUACACCAAUCAUCUCACUGCAGCAUCUCAACAGGGAAUUUUUUUUUUUUUUUUUUUUUUUACAGCUCUGCUCUGCACAGCUUCACCUCGCUCAGUCCAUCCCCUGGCAACUCCCAUUACUCUCCUCUCUCACCUGAAGGCCCAGCCACCUCAUCCUCCUCUGAGCUGGAAACGACAUUCAUUCAUUCAUUCGUUAAUUUUUAAAGACUGAGACACACAGAGGAAUGCACACAGGGGGCUGUCCCAGUCGUAUGCUGGGCAUUGGCUGGGCUGCCUAAAAAGACGACGAGGCCAGUGAAGCCAGUAAGUUUUCUCGACUGUGAACCUACACUUGAAGCUGUUUUCAUAAACAAGACCUUCAUCACCUCUUGGAACACACAUUGCUGUGGAUGGAAAUGGAAGGUGGUGAUUGGACCUACAUUAAGGUGGUGGUGCUUCACUCCUGAUUCCCUUUCACUCAAACCGAACUUGGCAAAUGGUGAUUGGACAGGAGUGGAGUGGAUUGAAAUGGAGUGGGUUUGAACUGGCUGUGCUGGAGUUUAUAUGGAGUUGGACUUGGUGCUUUGGGCACAGGGGGGAAAUGGGCAUGGUGCCAUCUAACUGCACUGGAGCUGUAGAAGGAAGAGACUGUAGAGGACGAGGGUGGUUUAGGGGCUCGAGGGGCAGCAGUGGAGAGACGCCACUACUGAAGGUCAUGGCCAGCGGUUUACCCUCUUGAAAUUCACGAGUAAUAGCCUUCUCUCCUCCUGGAGCAGAGCACUGGAGGAGCAGAGAGAUGGCUGCUGGGGGAAUGGAUGGGUCAGGCACUCGGGAAGGUGCCAGGGGCACACACUGCUCUGACUGAUAAUGGGACCAAAUUGGAGCCAGGGAGGACCAACCACAUCUUUCUUUUCCCGCCACAUCAAUGUCAGCCCUCCUGGUGUUUUUUUUAUUUUUAUGAUUCUGUCUGCAUGAACUGAAGAUACACACCGCUGUUUCUCAUUGGGCUGGUAUUUUGUCUGUUUUUUUGGGGUUUUUUUGUCUUUUCUCUUUCUCCUCUGAUGGUGCAGGCCGAACUCGAUGGCCCUUUAGCAUUUAAGACACACACACACACACACACAUCUGGCUCCUGAUCAGAGCGGUGUGUGUUUCUCCAAGACUCUUGAGCCCAUCUGGAUUAGGAGGAAUGCCAUGUGGCUGCACUGAUGCUCCUGCAGAAAAGACCUUUCUUACACACACACACACACACACACACACACACUUUGUUUUUCCAGUCUAGCGCACAUCAACUGUAAAACAGAUCUGUGUGUGUGUGUUUGUGUGCGUGUGCGUGCCUGCGUGCGUGCUAGGACAGCGCUCAUGGGAUGCUGAGAUCUUUGUGUUUGUGUUCUCAUGUGAUCAGUGCUUUGCAUGUUUGCCUAUCAAUCAGUUUUCUUGUUUCCCCCCUCAAUACACACACACACACACACACACACACACACACACACACACACACACACACACACACACACACACACACACACACACACACACACACACACACACACACAAACACACACACACAGGCAGGGUAUGCUCUAGACUGCACCCCGAAUCCUGCCUUUGACAGAAUGUGAAGACCUUUAAUAUGAACUACAGUAUAUUACCUGUACUGUUUAUGUUUGUACUGUUUUUUUUCUCCUUGUUAGAUAAAUUGCAAUAUGGAUUGAGAGAGUUUCUUUCAUACGUAUGUGACACGAUGAGUGAGACGGGUUGAUGAGGAGACCUGUGGAUGUCUCUGACCGGUUCUGAACCUAAGAUGCUGGUUAUCUGACCAUUGACCCCCCCCCCCCUUUCCAAUUUUAAAUCCUUCUGCAGUGUCCGGUUUCUCCUGCGUACAGCAGAUGGCUUACAGUUAUGGCGGUGUGAGCGGAAUUGUGUGCGAGUGUGUGCAUCUGUCCGUGCAUGCAUGUAACUUCUGAAAGCUCCUGUCAAUCAUUUCUUAAACGUUGACGUUCUUGCACCCGGGAAGAUGGGUGUUCAUGGGGAUGUGCCAAUCAUCAAAACCCCUUUUCAAUACCUGCUGGUGUUCCCAGUCUGUGCGCCAGCAUUCAACAACACCUCGGCAACAAAAACACACGAGCCUGUUUGAAUCAAUUGUGUUGUGACUUUAUUUUUCUUUGCAGACUCUUUAUAGUAUGGUAUAAAGUGAAGUCUCACUGUUUUUAAAAAAAGUGGUCGUUUUGUCUCUGUUAAUAUUGUAAUGCUAGACCAUUGUAUAUAUGCCGUAAAUAAUGUUUGAAACAUUUGCAAUUGCAAAAACGGUGACCUGUUUGCAGGUUAUAUCGCAAUUCAUAGCAAAUUCAUGUCCAGUCAUGGUUCAUGUUGUUUUUGCUUUUUAUUUGAAUUAAUCUGUAGAAAAUGUUUAUUUUUUAAUUAUUUUUUAAUUCUUAUUUUACCUGUCAUUUUGAUUAGUAAGCACAAAUUGAUUUUGCUUUUUUUGCAUAUGUGAAAAAAAAAUGUUUGAAUCUCAAUGCAAUGUUUUGAUAAGACUUUUAAAAAAUUGACUUAGACUUUUAGUUUUGUUUGUUUUAUUUUGUCUUUUAUAUUUUUUCAUUUACUAAAAUAUUGUACAUGUUAAACCUGUGGAUUUAUUGAGCUUGAACUCAGUGUUUUCAAAUUAAAGUAACAUCAAUUUAA